GAAUCAAUAGGGUUCCGAUUUCGAGACGAAUUGGUGUCGGUAACAAAGAAGACGUUCAUCUUCUCCGGUGAGAGAUAAAUUCACGGUGGGGUUUCUUCUUCUGAUUUCGAAGAAGCGAUCUCGUUAGCUUUGUCUUUUCCGGUGUGGUUUUUGUAUUUCACUAGGGUUUUCCUGUGUUUUGUAGAAGCUGAAACUUUUGGGAAUAGAAAGUGUGAUAUAGCUCUAAUGAAUAGGUUAAGUCAGUUGCCUGAAGCGUUACUCUUGAGAAUUUUGUCUUUACUGCCAGCGAAAGAUGUCGUGGGGACGAUGGUUUUGUCAAAGCAUUGGCAGUUUCUUUGGAUGUUGGUGCCAAAGCUUGUGUAUGAUGAUAGCUACCAGGAUGUUGAGUAUGGAAGAUUUUCGCGGUUUGUAGACAGGUCAUUGACUCUGCACGAGGCACCAGUUCUAGAUACUUUGCAUUUAAAACUCGGUAAAACCUCCUGUGGUACUGGGGACAUUAGAGUGUGGAUUAAAGCAGUAGAUAAGCGUUGUUUGCACGAGCUGAUCAUUGAGAUUGAUAGAUCUACUAGUAAGAAAUCUUCAGUGGUACUUCCGAUGAGCUUGUACACCUGUUGUAGAAUGCUUGUGACUUUGAAGCUAGAUAACGCGGUUCUUGCGGAUGCUACAUCCUCGUUUUCUUUCCCAUCCCUCAAGAACUUGAGUCUUGUAUCCAUGAAGUAUCCAGGUGAUGAGCUGGUCAAGAUGUUUCUAUCAAGUUGUCCUGUUCAUGAAGAUUUGGUUGUGAAACGAUGCAUAGAUGACAAUGUGACUAUUUUUAAUGUUAGCGUGUCUUCGUUGAAGUUUUUAGUCUUGCACAAUAGUAAUAUACGCGAUGUAGAUGUCGAUUCCGGGGUUGUGAUUGAUGCUCCUUCUUUGGAGUGCUUGGACAUUUUUGAUAAUUGGGGUGAGUUUUGUGUCAUUGAGAAUAAUAUGACUAAGAUUGUGGAGGCAGAUGUUUGCUUUACUUAUGCCCAUGCCCAGCAGCUCAUGGGUUCAAUUUCUUCAGUCAAACGUCUCUAUUUAUGUAUACCAUCCUUUGAGGAUGCUUAUCCUGUUGGUUUCCACAGUCUUGUACAUUUAACGCUAUGCACAUGUGAGACAGAGUGGCUGAAUCUACUCAUGUGUAUGCUCAGAGAUUCCCCUAAAUUACGAGCUCUCAAACUUGUUCAGACCCAUUCUCGUCAAUCUCCUGAAUCACGGCCGUGCUGGAGUGAAACCAGUGCAGUUCCUGAAUGUCUGUUGACAAGUCUUAAAACUCUCGAAUGGGUAGACUAUGAAGGAACAGAAGAAGAGAAAGAAGUAGUAGCAUUCAUCUUAAGAAGUGGAAGCUGUUUAAAGAAGGUAACUAUUUCCUCUGAAUCCACUGACCGCGAGAAGAAAUUCGAGAUGCUCAAGGAGUUAUCAUUGUUUUCUAGGCGUUCACCUUCAUGUCAGAUUGCAUUUGACUGAAGUUUAGCUCUUCUUGUUCAAUAGUCUAGUUGGUUUGUGUUUGAUCCGAAUCUUAUAGAUGUUUGAAGUGCUUUGAUCUUGUGUUUUCUGCAUAGUCCAUUUGAAUAGUUUCACGCAAAUGACAAAAAAAAAUAAACUUCUUUGUGUUACAAGUCUCUCUAAUAAAUACUCUUUAUCUUUCUA